AUGGAAAAUAAAUCUCUUUAUUCAGGUUAUCGAGUCAAUAGAUGGGUUCCUCCAGUCUCUCACAUGUUAUUCACAAAGGAUGAGAUAUUGUUUGGCACGCUGGACCAAAAAACAGCGAAUUCAGUCUCCCUCAUACUUCAACAAUAUGCCACAUGGUCUGGAAAGCAAGUCAACUACAAUAAGUCUGCCAUUAUCUUCAGCAAAAAAGUGCCUCCUGAAAGGCAAGAUGAAGUCACUAGUCUGUUGGGGGUCAAAAAGAUGAACAUUGAUGAUAAGUACUUGUAUAUUCAGAUACUCAAACCCAGUAGCAGAGUUGCUUCGCACGAGUUCUUACUUGAUAAAUUUGAUCCUAAGCUUGGGGGAUGGAAGAAGUAUUUCUUAACUCAUGCAGGUAGAACUGUUUUAAUCCAAUCAGUCCUAGCCUUACUACCUAUCUACUACAUGGCUACUACGAUAUUUCCCAAAACUGUGAUCAGCAAACUCAAUCAAACAAUCAGGAAUUUUUGGUGGGGGCAUUCUAGAGAUGAAAAAAUGCAGCACUUCAUCAAAUGGAACUGGUUCAUAGCUUCCAAAGAAAAAGGAAGUCUAGGGCUCAGAUCUUUAGAGCAAUUGAAUCAAGCAUUGGUGGCUAAACCAGCUUGGAGGUUCCUGCAAGAGUCUAAUUCCAUCUGGGAAAACAUAUUGAGGGAAAAAUGGGUCCCUAAGGAGUGUAGAUGCUGUAAUGCAGAUGUUGAAACAGUAAACCAUGUGUUCUUACAAUGUCCUCUAGCUCAAGCAGUUCUUUUUGCCUCUCCUCUAAAUCUGAGACUGCCGGACCCUGCUGCAGCUAAUGUUAAAAAUGUUAUUGCUGACUGGAUUAUGAGAAGGGAUACAUAUUAUCAGAUUGUUACUUUUAUAUGGGUGCUUGCAUCUUUUGGGCCAUUUGGAAAGCCAGAAAUGCCCUAA